CUAAACCGAAAGCGAAAAUAGAACGAAAACGGCCGCGUAUGCGUGUUAUUGAUUCAAUACAUUCAACAAGACAAGGAGGCAAGGAAGACCGCUGUAAGAUGUAUCUACUAAUCACAGUAUUCCUACAUCUAACCUCUGUACAGAUGACAUGCUGUACCGUAGAGUUAACAAUAAACCCGGAAGUGAUUACACCUGCUGCUACUGCACCUGUCACUGUCCGGUGUAGCCUUAACGUGCCCUCAUCAGACAUCGACAGGGUGUAUUCUAUCAUGAUCAGAAGACGGGAGGCUACCAUUGCUGUAGCAUUCACAGACGGCAAGACUAAGAUGUGCGAUGAAAGACUGGAGGCCAAUGCUGUGGUGAACUCCUCACUCGCAUCACCGGAUACGUACUUGCAGUUAACGCUGUUAAAUGUGACUUGUGAUGACAUUGGUGAUUAUACAUGCAUUAUGGCUGUCAGAAAACAGUACCAGACUAUGAAGAUCACGGGACCAGACAAGGCAUAUCUGAAGACGUCAGGCAACUCCUGCCCAUUCAUCGACAGCCUCGUUUACCCGAGACACGCACACCGACUGGAGGACACGGUGAGAAUAACGUGCUACAUGCUGGUGAGGACUCGAGUAUCGGGUUGGGUAUGGACCUCCGCGGAUGACCACACAGUUGCCAGCUCCGCAGAAAGAUGCUCCUUAGCCACAGGAGGCGACAUGUUCAAUUGUUCAAGUGUUCUCCACCAUCGGGUUUCUGUCAGACCAUCUCUGCUAUGUCGACUAAAGAAUUUCUCGAGAAUGGUUCGAAUCGAUGUCAAAGAAAAUGCGACAGAUCCAAGAGCCAUGAUAUUUUGGGAAGAUGAAGAUGAAGACUUCUUUCAGAUGGGUGAAUUUCCUAAAGAUCACACACAAGUACCUGGCGUCGGCAUGUUCUUGGUCCAGGUCCUAGCCUGUCUCCUAUGUGUGCUGACUGUGGGCGGAAUCCUGCACAAAUACUGGAAGACCAUAGGCAACCCGAACAAGCAAGAUCACACAAGGAAGGUUUACAAGCUGCAGUCGAAUUGUCCGGAAACGGAACAUAAACUGAUUACAGAAAAUGUGAUCGUAGGAGCUUCACAAACAAGUGAAGACAUCACGUGACGUUCUCUUUACACUGACUGACUAUUCUGUGAAUGCUUUUCAUGUGUACAGUGUAAUGUUGAUCCAUAGUCAUGUCUGGGGCUUACUGCUUGCUUAAUUAAACUUGCUCACUUACAUUUCUGUCUUUAGUAUGGUAUCAUGCAUCAAAUAGCACCAUAUUACCAAUUAUAAUACCAAUUGUUACUAUAGGCCAGAAUUAUUUAAUGAAAUAAUUUUUAUAUUUGUUCCAUUUUUUACAUUGGUCAAUGGACCCCAGUCAUGUUUAAAUACAUGUUGCAGAUUUCAAUUAGAAAACAUCAUACAGAAUACAUCAUACAGAAUACAUCAUACAGGAGUUAAAGUAUCUUUCACAAAGCAGAAGAUGACAGAUCGACCAGAAUUUGAAAACAAUAUUGAUUCUUGAAGUUAUCAUAGCAGAAUAUUUUGUCAGUUCAUAAUAUUUUUUAAACUCCUGUUGUGAAAGCUGAAAGGUUGGCAUCUGUUUAGAUAGUUUACAGUUAAAGAUGAUAUUUUUUAAAAGGAUAAGAAUCACGUUGAUUGGAUCAUUUUUUUUCUGGCCGAAUCCAAGCAAAAUAGGAGUAACCUUGCUACAAUCAUAAAAUAGGUGUGUUAUAGUCUCCAGAGAACCAGAACAAUAGCUGCACAAGUCAUGAUCAAUGUACUGCAUCUUAAAAAGUCUGUUAUUUGUUGGUAAAGGAUGGUGCGGGAGUUUGUAGAGAAACCAUUGUAGAUUGGUGUCUUUGGAACACCGGAACGGGAUAUGGUUAUAUUGUUGCCAAUACUUUGUAUCGAUUUCAUUCUGUAAUAUCCUAUUCCAUUUGCACAGUGAUGAUUUUUUUUAUUGAUUUUGUUUCAAGUAAAGCCAGUAAAAAAUGA